AUGGGCUGCACCACUUUCACAUUGUUGCAGAAGGAUCAUGAUGGGACGCAGAACAGUUCAGGAAUCAUUGAUAGGAAUUUCGAUAUUCUCACUAGAGCUCUCACAGAGGGCGUUAAGAUUCCAGCAGUUCGAAAGGGCCGUAACGAUAUUGUGUUGUCCUCGGAUGGACGUAAGAUAUCGGGCAAUGCAUUUAAGCAAGUACCGGGUAGCCAUGUGCUCCACCAUGGGACCAUACUUGUGAACAGCGAUAUGUCAGCACUGGGCAGAUACCUUUCUCCUUCUAAACUGAAACUAGAGUCUAAAGGAGUCGCCAGUGUUCAUGCGAGAGUAGCUAAUCUGACAGACAUCAACUCAGAUCUUUCCCAUGAUGAGGUCUGCGGUGCUCUCGAAAAGGCUUUUCUCGAAACAUAUCCGCACUGUAAAGAGGUCAUCACUCGAACACUGACGGGGGACCCAGUGACCGAAAGCGACGUUGAAAAUGAUGAAGUCUUCAGAGAACACUACGAGAAACUAAAUGUGCAUCUUGAUGUAAUCAAGGGGCGCAUCGCUGAAUGCCGUAUUUUCACAGAUGCCCUGUAUCCUGACGUGAUUGGAAUAUUGGAGGAAGCAUUGCUAGGCACUCCGACAAAUGAUAGUGAACAAGUUGUCGCUAUCAUCACAGUCCCAAACGGAUAUUCAAAGGAAUCGAUAGAAGAAGCUCUCACCUCGAGAAUACCGAGGGGACGGGAAGUGGCUGGCGAAGGAGGCGAGAUACUCGUCAAGUCGUUUUCACAUUGGCUGGCCAAUGAGAUACCUGAACUGGCCUGA